GAUUGCGAAGAGGAUAGAGAGGGACAAAAAGACAUUGCUUUCUUGCAAAGGCUUUAGCUCCUGCUGCUUGAAUUAUGCUGGAAAUGUUUGAAACUCUGUUAAUGCCCGACUGAGGCUGAGGAUGACGAUGAGAUGCGUCGUUCUUCUCGUGCCGUCCACUUCCUCGCCGCUACAGCUGCCGACGCCAACGCCACCGCCACCGCCAACGCCACCGCCAUGGCCUCUCGACCUCGCUAUAGAGGUGGCCGGAGCCGCGGUAGCAGGGGAUUCUCCAAUCGAGCGUACAACGGAGGACGUAGUGACCAGCUCGUGACUGGAGAUUCUCACUACCAGUCGGUUCGAGGCGCGAACCUAGGGUUCAGGCGAGGAGAGCAAGCAGGAAGCUUGUCGAGGCAGCCUUCUCAGCUCAAUCAAGGGGCGUCUCCUCAUUUCAAUCAGAAUCAGCGGUUUCGCCCGCCUCCCCGGUCGCCGUUCAACCGAAAUUUGGCUCCGCGGCCUUCAAAGCCAUUGGAUUACCGAAGUUGGGAGUACGCGAAAACGGCACCGCCUCGUAAUUGUGAGAAGUUCGUGGUUUUGUCGUAUAAUAUAUUAGCGGAUUAUCUUGCUAAUAACCACCGGAGCAAGCUUUAUUUUCACAUACCGCCUUAUAUGUUAGAUUGGGAGUGGAGGAAGCACAAUAUCAUGUUUGAGCUAAGAUUGUGGUCUGCUGAUAUUUUGUGUUUUCAGGAGGUUGAUCGAUAUCAAGAACUAGAGGAGGAGUUAAAAUAUGAGGGAUAUAGUGGCAUUUGGAAGAUGCGAACUGGAAAUGCAAUUGAUGGCUGUGCAGUCUUUUGGAGAACAUCACGAUUUAAGUUAGUCCAUGAGGAAUGCAUCGAGUUUAACAAAGUUGGCCUCCGGGACAAUGUUGCUCAGAUAUGUGUGCUUGAGCUUUUGAGUCAAAAUCACAAAAAAAACAUGGCUUCAUCACCAACAAGUUCUGCAUGUCCUAAGCAAGUUGUCAUUUGUAACAUUCACGUACUUUACAAUCCUAAAAGAGGGGAUUUUAAGCUUGGCCAGGUGAGGAUGCUCCUGGACAGAGCUCACGCAGUUUCAAAUAUCUGGAAUAAUGCGCCUGUUGUUAUUUGUGGGGAUUUCAAUUGUACCCCAAAGAGUCCAUUGUAUAACUUCAUCUUGGAGCAGAAGUUAGAUUUGUCUGGAGUUGACAGAGACAAAGUAUCUGGACAAGCUUCUGCUGAAAUUCAUGCACUAAAGCCAUCUUACUCUAGUUCAGGGAAUCAGACUGAUGAUUCAAAACAAGCUCUUUCAAUAGUAGAUGGCAAGGAGGUUGGUGUCAGGCUGAGUGAUUCUCUCUCAAAUGUACAGAAUGAGAACAAUACUGAUAAGCAGAACAAUUUGUUCUCACAUCAGUCUACUGUGAAUGUCCUCGAUGCAUCUGAUAAAUCUGGUAUUGGUUUAGAGUCUAGGAACAAGGAGAGCACAUUGCCUGAUGUAAAAGAAGAAACUGUGAGGCAUGAGGUAGAUGGCUCCAAGGAUGAAGCUUUUGUCUCUGUUGAUAGCUCUAAAGGAAGUCUAGGCUGUCUUUCCGGUGAAGAUGGGUGCUCCAUGGAUCAGGCAAAUAAUGAUGUUCAUACAAUUGCUGCUCCGUUUAUUUCUCAUGAAAAAAAUGUUUGUUCUGACGUAACUGAGAGGAAUGGAGGAAAAGGUGAAGCCACCUCCCAUUCUCUCCAAGAAUCAGUUAGUGAACAUGUUGAUUCGGAUAUUAAUAUGAAAAAUGAAGGAACAAGAUUUAAUAGUCCUACACUCGCCUGUGUCAGUGAUGAUUGUCCUACCGAUAUAAUAGUCAACAAAGAGCUUCCAAACACAGGCAACUCGGAAGUUUCUUCGACAGAGGCACUCUGCCGGUCUAGCUUGAUUGAUGUGAUUGAUGUCUCUCACCCAAAGAAGUUGGGAAAUUGGUCAUCUAGAUCAUUUGAUACGGAUGAGACAUGUAAGCCAUCAGCCUUGUAUCAAACAAAUGAGUCCAUUAUGUGUUCUAAUACUGACUUUAUGUUGGACAAAAAACUAGAGAACUUAUAUUUGGUGGAGCCCGAUGCCGCCAUGAUGGCAGAUGGAUGCAUGAACAAUGAUGAGAUAGCAUUUGUGUCUGCAUCGCACAAUGAUGAAGGUGGCUUUCCAUCAGAAUUUAGUGAAUGUUUAACAUCGAACUUGGAUCACUCUUCUAAGGAGUCUAACCAACAGUUAAAUUCACUAAAUGAAGUUCUUGAUGAUGUUUCUCUAAACUCAGAUUCUGAAACUGUCAAUGUGGAGAGAAGUACUUAUGAUCCAUCACUUUGGACUCCAAUGGAAAUAGCAACUGCAACAGGCAACCAAGAUAGCACUUUGGUGGAACAUCCUCUUCAGCUCAAAAGCACAUAUGCAGAAGUAGAGGAUUAUUCACAGACAAGAGAUUCAAAUGGAGAGCCCGUUGUGACCAGUUACAAUAGAUGUUUCAUGGGCACAGUUGAUUAUAUAUGGCGUUCUGAAGGUCUCCAGACUGUCAAGGUGCUAGCUCCAAUACGAAAGCAUGCUAUGCAAUGGACACCUGGAUUCCCAACAAAGAAAUGGGGUAGCGAUCACAUUGCUUUGGCUUCUGAAUUGGCAUUUGUCGAAGAUCUCAAUCCAAGAUAGUACUUGGCAUGUCUGGUCUUUGACCAUAAAACGUUGGAGCUGCAUAUCAACCCUUCCAAUUUUCUAGGUUUUUCCUGCAUGUGCGACUUGAAGGCCAUAGAUAAGUCUGGCAGUUUUAGGUUAGUACUUAAUGCUCUUGUCUUCAACUAGGGAAUCCUGGAGUUGGCUAUCGGCCAUGCAUUGAGGUCUUCCCUGUAUCUGCAACUUGAAAACCAUAGAUGAGUUGCAGAAACUUUAGAUCAGUAGUGGGUCUCUUUCUGUUUAUCAGUGUAUCUUAUUUUGUCUGUUCGAGAGGAGAUGGGGGAGAUUUCAGGCUACUUUUGGUACAUUAAAUUUUUAGUUUACAUUUUUUAAAUUUAUUUAUAUUUCAUUGAUAAAACUAUAACAGUUGGUUAAUUAUGAAGAGAACAAUAUCGAAAAGAAAGAUGGAACUAAAAGAUCUUAGAACACUA